AUUAAGUGCUCAAACUGUGUUCUCAUGCAGGAUCUGCAGAUGUGUGUAUGUACGUCUGUGUGUCCACCUUCCAUGGACAGCAUUUGCGCUAAAGCGAUCCUCACGCUCUCGUAACUGCGCCAUCAUAGGACCAAAGGAAAAAGAAGGCCUUCGUGAUAAAGCCGAGGGUCUAGCAUGGCACAGAUGCCUCUCCCGCAGGAGCCCAGCAUCCCGGGAGGAGCCUGGGGGGGCGAGUGGUCGCCGGAUGCCUUCAGGAAGCAGCUCCUGGAUGAGCAGGUUCGACCAGAGGACGAUUCCUGGAAUAACCCGUGGGAGCACCGUGACGCAGAGCUCCGAGAUCGCCCCGGGAGUAGUUCGCCGCCCCAGACUCCGCUGCCCCCAAGCCCCACCUCCUCCUUCGCUUCCGCCUCCCCUCCGAUAGAGUCUGCCGCGUCUCUUUCGUCAGGUCGCGAAAGUCGAGGCUCCGUCAAGAAAAGCUUCAAUCCGUUCGCCAAGAGCAGCCUGGACGAGUUCCUUUUAGGCCCGGAGAAAAUCCCGGUCAGUGAGAAGGAUAGAAUAUAUAUCGACGCCGGCGAUAAUGGCCCGAGGUGGAGGGCGAACCCGUCCGAGUUCACGUGUUCCGUCUCUUCACCAAAGAAGGAGUCGAAAUUUCAUGGCAUAAAGAGUUUUAUUGCCUACACCAUAGUUCCUUCAUUCUCGAAAAAGUCGGUGUCACGAAGAAGAUACAAACACUUCGACUGGAUUCACGCUCAUUUAACCUACAAGUUUCCCUUCGUGCCCAUUCCACCACUGCCAGAGAAGCAGAUCUCAGGUCGCUUUGAGGAAGACUUCAUAGAGUACCGCAUGACGAUGUUGCAGUCUUGGGUGGAGCGCAUCUGCCGCCACCCAGUGCUGUCACAGAGCGAGACUUUCCACCACUUCAUCACUUGCCCGAACGACGAGAAGAUGUGGAAGGCAGGCAAGAGGCGUGCCGAAAAUGACAGGCUUGUUGGAGCGAACAUAUUCCAGGCCAUCGAACGACCUAAUAAACCCUUAGAUAUUUUGCAUGUAGACGCCACACUAGAUGGGUUUUCAACGUUCCUGGGUCGGCUGGACGAGUCGGUGCGGCUGGCACAAACCACGUGCCUCGACCAGGCCAAGAAGUACCAGAUGGACUUCAAACGGGAACAUGAUAGGGUGUCAUUCUCUUUCUCUAAACUCAGCAAAGCAUUUGAAACCGAUCCUUACAAUGAUGGCUCAUGUCUAUCCCAGGCCCUUCAAGAAAUGAGCACUGCCUAUGAGGAAAUUGGUACAAUGUAUGAAAUGCAGCCAAAGCAUGACUGGGAUCCUCUGAGUAACAUUUUCUUCGAGUACCGGGGGCUUAUAUACUCUUUCUCAGGUGUCAAUUCAUUAUUAAAGGAUGUUCUCGCUAAGAGAAGAAAUGCUGAGAAGGAUGUCAAAGAAGGACGGCUAGAUUACGAUCAGUUACCUCAAAUAAUCAAUCAUUCUGACACAGUGGCAUAUGCAUUUGAAGCGGAGUUAGCCCACUUCCAGGCAGCUCGAAUGAAGGAUUUCAACAAGGCUGUUGCAUCAUUCUUGAAAGGUCAAAUUAGCUUCUACCAGAAGAUCAGUGACAGACUGGGUACAUCACUUCAAAAGUUCAUGAUGUGAUAACAUGUUAACUUCAAUGAUGUGCAUAUAUUUGUCAUGAAUAAAUUUGAUAAUCUAUAUUCAUUUACACAUACACAUAAAUAAUGCAUUGCAGCAGACACACACACACACCCAUGCCCUUACACUUUUGCAGUUACAUAUAUGCACAUAUACACAUUAACCUACCUGUAAUCAUACAGAUGUACAUUUACACACACUCACAUAAAUGCAUACUGACAUUUAUAGGUACACUCAUGAUUGUUAAUCAUCACUUCUUUGUGCAUAUAAUUUUCUCUUGUCUUAGCUCCUAAAUGUAAUUGCUCUACAGUGCCAGCAUACUGAAUGUUAACCUAUUGAAGAAAUGGAGUUCAAGUAAUGAAAUGCUGCAAAAAAAAAUUGUUGAAAUUUUAUCUGUGUCAGUAAAUAUCCUUCAGGAUACUUAUGUGAUUAUCUUUGCCCAAUAACUUGUGUAUCUGAUAGCUCUGUACAAUAUAUUGUUUCAGAAUUACAGGAUAACUGAU